UUAUCCAAUCAACGUAAGGCAAUUGGAGGCAAACAACCAAUAGAUACGACGAACUUUUUGAGCAGGCGGGAUAUCAAAGUCUUGAAGAAUAAGUCAUUGAUCAGUUUCCAACAAGGCAUAGAGUUGGUCGUGCCAACCUUUCGGUGAAUUUAAUAAGGACAAACGUGUACGUUAGUCCUCAAAAUUCAGUUUCUUUUUCACUUGAAGGUCAAAACAGGGCAGCUGCAAUGUGGAUUCAAGUGCGCACAAUGGAUGGGAAGGAAACCCACCGGGUGGACUCUCUGUCUAAACUCACCAAGGUGGACGAACUGCGUCUGAAGAUCAUGGAGCUUUUCAAGGUGGAGCCGGAGAGACAGCGGCUUUUCUAUCGUGGAAAGCAGAUGGAAGACGGUCACACCAUUUUUGACUACAACGUGGGCUUAAAUGACAUAGUGCAGCUGCUUGUCAGACAGAAGGCGCCCUCUGCUGAUGUUGUGAAAGCGAAGGACAAAGAAGCUGAGCUGUCAGACUCUGAUUCUGGCUGUGGCUCAACCCAGAGCGAGUCUGACAAGAACUCGACCCACGGCGAGGUGGAAGCCCAACCUGCUGGAACGUCUGCUCAGACAAACAGCCUGGAGCUCGUCGAUCCUGGAUUUGGCUUCUACAAAAUUAACGAACUAGUGGAUGCAAAAGACUUGAACAUGGGUGCGUGGUUUGAGGCCCAGAUUGUAAAUGUCACAAAGAGAGCGAAGACGUGUGACGGCGAGGCUGCAGACGCUGCGGCGGAGGAAGAGAUCCUUUACCACGUCAAAUAUGAAGACUACCCAGAGAACGGCGUGAUUCAGCUGCUGGCGAAAGACGUCCGCCCACGUGCCCGGACGGUGUACCAGUGGCACCAGAUCGAGCCGGGAAUGGUCGUCAUGGUCAACUACAACCCAGAUGAUCCCAAGGAACGUGGAUACUGGUAUGACGCGGAGAUCCAGAGGAAGCGGGAGACGCGAACCCUGCGGGAAAUUUACGCCAAGAUCAUCCUUGGUGAUGCUGGGGACUCUCUCAAUGAUUGCCAAAUCAAGUUCCUGACAGAGAUCUACAAAAUUGAGGAACCUGGUUGUCUGAGUGACACCCCGGCUGGAUCUGAGAGCCCUUUGAAACGAUCUAACGGACCUGAAUGCAAACACUGCAAGGAUGAUCUCAGCAAAAACUGUCGCUGGUGUAACUGCCACAUCUGUGGGAUCAAGCAGGAUCCGGACAAACAGCUGCUGUGUGACGAGUGCGACAUGGCCUACCACAUCUACUGUCUGGAUCCUCCUUUGACUUCCAUCCCUGAAGACGAGGACUGGUAUUGUCCAGGUUGCCGUAACGACACCAGUGAAGUUGUUCUGGCUGGAGAGAAGCUGAAGGAGAGCAAGAAAAAAGCCAAGAUGGCCUCAGCUAGUUCCUCUAGCCAGAGAGACUGGGGCAAGGGAAUGGCGUGUGUGGGUCGGACGAAGCAGUGCACUAUUGUCCCGUCCAAUCACUACGGCCCGAUCCCCGGAGUUCCUGUUGGUUCCCUCUGGAAGUUCAGAGUGCAGGUCAGCGAGGCCGGUGUUCAUAGACCUCAUGUGGCCGGAAUUCAUGGAAGGAGCAACGAUGGCUCCUAUUCUUUGGUUCUGGCAGGAGGCUAUGAAGAUGAUGUGGAUGAUGGAAAUGAAUUCACGUACACUGGCUCUGGAGGGCGCGACCUUUCUGGAAACAAGAGGACAGCUGAGCAAUCGUGUGAUCAGACGCUCACCCACAUGAACCGGGCUCUAGCUCUCAACUGUAACGUCCCCGUCAAUGACAAACGGGGGGCAGAGUCCAAGAACUGGAAAGAAGGCAAACCGGUCCGAGUUGUGCGGAGCUGCAAAGGCCGUAAGCACAGUAAAUACUGCCCUGAGGAGGGGAACCGUUACGAUGGCAUCUAUAAGGUGGUCAAGUACUGGCCAGACAAAGGCAAGUCUGGCUUUUUGGUGUGGCGUUACCUGCUGAAGCGUGAUGAUGAUGAGCCCGCCCCUUGGACCAGAGAUGGCAAAGAGCGUAUCAAGAAGCUUGGUCUGGUCAUGCAGUAUCCUGCUGGUUAUCAGAAGGAAAAGGAGAACAAGAAUGAAGUAGAGGAGGAACCAACACCCACCAAGACGAAGAGAAAGAGAAAAUCCCAGGGCAGCGAAUCAGCCAAGUCCUCGCCAGUCAAGUCGCCUAAAAAGAUCAAGGUGGAAGUUUACAAGCUGUCCCAAGAGCAAAAGAGUCUCAUCAAGAGCGACAAGCAGAACAAGAAGUUGUGGGAUGAAGCCAUGGAGUCGCUGUCUCUGGGACCGAAAUUCUUGAACAAAGUUGAAGAAGUUUUUCUCUGCAUUUGCUGCCAGGAAGUGGUCUUCCAGCCCGUCACCACAGAGUGCCAACACAAUGUUUGCAAGGAGUGCCUUCAAAGAUCAUUCAAGGCAGAGGUUUACACCUGCCCGGCCUGCAGACACGAUCUGGGCAAAAACUACUCCAUGACUGUCAACACAUCUCUGCAAGACGUUCUAAGUCAGUUUUUCCCCGGAUACAACAACGGGCGAUGAUCAUCGAUUCUUCAUACUCGAUCCUUAAGGAAACGCGAUGUCAAGCGUAUGGACCAUCUUCAAUAGAGGCAAUAAAGAAUCCGUUGUUCUUAAUAUAUUUUCUAUGAUUAUAAAACAACAAUAUUUGUGAUCUUAAAUGCUAACCAGAUUUGCCAUGUUUAGCUUUCACUGAUAAAUUAAAAUUUCAUUUGGGACUGUAUCAUCAUCUCUUUUAGGCCAUUUUUGUUUUGUUUUUGGUUCAAUUUACUAAAAUGAUCUCCUUUCAGCACAUUUAUUUGAAACCCCCAGCUUUAUAGAGAUGCCGUUUUGUAUAAAGUUACUGGUUUGACGUUUUGCUCAUUUUCCGUUUACCAAAAUGCAUUUUAGAAGUGUCAUGGGUCCAAAAAAAAAGCGUCCAAAAUUGCACUAUUGUGAUAAAUUUUCCAUUAAAUACCAAAUGUGCAAUUACAAA